GCUGAUCUGCGCUCGCCGGAAGUGGCUCGACGGCUCAGGGUUUUCAAAAUAACAGCGAGCGAAACGCCCCAAACUAACGCACUAACCCGGAAGUCAAAGCCCAGGCGCAGAGGAUCGGCGUGCCCUGGAAGCAGUUUCAGACUCGAACUUUCAUCCAGGCUUCAUCUCUCAUGUUUCCCAGCUGUCCAGCUGUCUCAUGCGUGGUUUUCUGCCCUCACCGACGCCUUUUUGCAGUAGCUGACACUGAGUAAGAUGAGUGAAUGGCGGAUUUCACAUAUCCUGAGAAUGAAGGCGAUCUGCAAGCUCAAAUUGAAGAGGUGGAGGCUUUGUCUUCCAUCUACGGUGAUGAAUGGUGCGUAAUAGAUGAGGCGUCCAGAGUGUUUUGCAUCAAAAUAUCCAGCGACUUCGAGGAGCCAAAACUGACAGCAUGUUUGCAGAUAAUUCUCCCACCUGAUUAUCCAAGUGCAGCUCCACCUAUCUACCAGAUCAAUGCGGCGUGUUUGCGAGGCCCAGAGAGGGCCAAAUUGGCAAAUAGCCUGGAAGACAUCUAUGUGGAGCAUGCGGGGGAGAGCAUCCUUUACCUGUGGGUUGAGAGAAUUAGAGACUUCCUGGUGGAGCAGUCGCACAGCCCGGAAGCAGCGGCGGAUCAACCGGGGAAAGGGAACGUGACAGCUGAGGAGGAAGUGCGUGACGACGAAGACCUCCCCGAUUUCACGACUCUCAAACAGAACACGGAAAAAUGCGCACCUCUUCAUGGAUCAGGCAAACGCUGCAUCACAGACCGACGCAGCACCUUCCAGCCUCAUUUGGCACCUGUGGUCACCCCCAGACAGGUUAAAACGGUUCUGGAGAAACUUUACGAGAACAAGAAGAUUGCCAGCGCCACACACAAUAUCUACGCAUACAGGAUAUACCGCCAGGACAAACACAGCUUCCUGCAAGACUGCGAGGACGACGGCGAGACGGCCGCCGGGGGAAGAUUGCUCCAUUUGCUGCAGAUCCUGGACGUGCGCAACGUCCUGGUGGUGGUGUCCCGGUGGUACGGAGGGAUUUUGCUGGGUCCCGACCGCUUCAAGCACAUCAACAACUGCGCCCGGAACAUCCUGGUGGAAGAGGGCUUCGCUGCCUCCGCGGAUGAGGCCACCAAGUCUGGAGCAAAGACCAAAAGGCCCAAAAGCAAGAAGACGAAAUGAAUCUCAAAAAGAGUUGAAAAAAAUGCUGUUUUUAUUAGUUUUUGUUGUGCAAAUAAGUCAGCUUAUUUGCAGUUUGUUUAAAUGGCUUAAACGGAUAAAAAAGAAAAGAUCUUUUGCAUCUGAAAUCACAAACGCCUCAUUGAAAUUCCAAGCCAUCCCAAAUGACUCUUGAAUCAGUGGCUUAUUUUUAUUAGGUACACAAUCAGCCAUCAAAUGAAGUGUUUGCCAUGCAAAAUGUGUCCAUUAAAACAAACUUUGACAGCAACAGAAUGUGGCA